AUGUGGGUGACCAGCGUUUCAGCCUCCACGAUGAGUCUACGGAUGUUUAAUGUGGAGACAGUGGAUUACAAGAACAUCCACUUCAUCGUAUGGGACGUGGACGGCCAGGACAAGAUCCGCCCACUCUGGAGACGCUACUUCCAGAACACACAGGGUCUGAUCUUGGUGGUGGAUAGUAAUGACAGGGACGUGAAUGAGGCGAGGGAGGAGCUGGUGAGGAUGCUGGCAGAGUACGAGCUGAGGGACGCCGUGCCGCAAAACCUUCCCAAUGCCAUGAACGCGGCUGAGAUCACAGACAAGCUGGGCCUGCACUCCCUGCGCCACAGUAACAGGUACAUCCAGGCCACAUGCACCACCAGUGGGGACAGCCUCUACAAGGGACUGAACUGGCUGGCCAACCAACUGAAGAACAAGAAGUGA